AUGACGUCAGCGCCCGGUGUCCGGACUGUGAAUGGGGGCAGCAUGAGGCCGCACGGCCUUUUGCGCUCCGGACAGCGGCUGAGUCGGGCCAUGAGCCGGUGCGUUUUGGAGCCUCGGCCCCCAGGGAAGCGGUGGAUGGUGGCUGGCCUGGGGAACCCUGGACUGCCCGGCACGCGACACAGCGUGGGCAUGGCGGUGCUGGGGCAGCUGGCACGGCGGUUGGGUGUGGCGGAGAGUUGGACGCGCGACCGGCACUGUGCCGCGGACCUCGCUCUGGCCCUGCUCGGGGAUGCUCAGCUGGUCCUGCUCCGGCCACGGCGGCUCAUGAACGCCAACGGGCGCAGCGUGGCCCGGGCUGCGGAACUGUUUGGGCUGACUGCCGAGGAAGUCUACCUGGUGCAUGAUGAGCUGGACAAGCCCCUGGGGAAACUGGCUCUGAAGUUGGGGGGCAGUGCCAGGGGCCACAAUGGAGUGCGGUCCUGCAUUAACUGCCUCAACUCCAAUGCAAUGCCAAGGCUGCGAGUGGGCAUUGGGCGCCCAACACACCCCGAGGCGGUACAGGCCCAUGUGCUGGGCUCCUUCUCCCCUGCUGAGCAGGAGCUGCUGCCUCUGUUGCUGGAUCGAGCCGCCGACCUGAUCUUGGACCACAUCCGUGAGCGAAGCCAGGGGCCCUCACUGGGGCCCUGAUACCAGUGGCCAUGGCUGCCCGCCUGACUAUAGUGCCCACAAACCCAGCCUCAGUCAUAGAGCUGCCACACCAGCCUUGGUAUCUACUUUUUAUACAGCUCUCCUCUAGACUGUUCCAGGCUGCCCACAGAUUAAAGUGGGAGUGACUGUGGCUGAAAUGGUCCAUUUCUGGAGCCAGUUCUUCUUUCUGUGUCCUACUUGGGAUGUAGGGGAAAUUCAGGAAGACUAAACUUUUUGAGCCUUUUUAGAGAACCAGGGGCAUGGAUCUGUAAGAUUAAAGAUACUGGUUUGAGGCCGGACUCGGUGGCUCACACCUGUAAUGCCAGCACUUUGGCAGGCAGAGGUGGGUGGAUUGCUUGAGAUCAAGAGUUUGAGAUCAGCCUGGCCAACAUGGUGAAACCCCGUCUCUACUAAAAAUAUAAAAAUUAGCCAGGUGUGGUGAUGGGCAUCUAUAAUCCCAGCUACUUGGGAGGCUGAGGCAGGAGAAUUGCUUGAACCCGGGAGGCAGAUGUUGCCGUGAGCUGAGAUUGCGGCACUGCACUCCGGCCUGGGUGACAGAGUGAGACUUCGUCUCAAAACAACAACAACAACAAAAAAAAAAAGAUGCUAGCUUGGAAGCUAAGGCCUCUUCAGGGGGAUCUCACUCUUCCCUUGCUGGCAGGGGAGGGGACAACAGGAUCCAGCCAGCCCUGCUCCCGGGGCAUGUGUGGGCAUGCCUUGGUCCACUGAGAGCCAGACACUCCUUUCUUCAGCCCAUUUUACAGAUGGGAAGGCUCAGAGAGGUCUGGUUACAUCCCCAGGGCCACACAGCUGUGGCCUGGCAGAUCCUUCAUUUGUACCCAGGACUUGCUGCCACCUUGCUGUCCCUGGGGCCCCUAGCACCCUCACCUCAUGGUUGCUGUGUGUCCGGAAGGUCCCCACGCGGGUGAUAUAUGACAGCAGUCUGAGGUCCUGGGGGUUGGGUGGGAUGCGGGCCUGGCAAGGUACCAGGCCUAGAUCCCCUGGCCGGUAGGGUGUGAUAUGAGAGAGCUGCGGCAGCAGAGACCCAGUCCUAGGCAGCUGGAUGCUGGGCUGGCUGUAAGGAAGGGGCUGAGGGUCACAGAGACUUCGGCAAGCCUGGGUUUUGGCCCAGAGUGAGCUGAGCAUGGGCUUGAAGGCUCACCUCUCCUUGGGUGAACCAUGGGACUGUGACUCCUGGUGGGGACACAUAGCCUUCUGGGAUCUCGGGACCACAGUGGAGCCAAGCAUGACCAGCAGUUGCUGCAGCAUCUCCUUGUGCCACAGCUGGAACAUCACAUCUAAUUCGCUGUCCUGUUCAUCAGGGCGCAUCUGUGGGUGACGGUGGGGUGGCAGCAGGCCCACAGUGGCCCCAGUACCCAUACUUCUCCAGGAAAUUCCAACCUCAGUGCCCGUUUCCAUGAAGUGUUCCCUGAAUGUGAUGGGAUACCCAUUCUCCUUUCAGGAAGACUGAGGCCUGAGACCUUUCAGAGCCUCGGAGAAGGAAUCCAGCUCCUCAGAAAAGGCCAGAAUCAGCAAAGGACAGACUUUCUGGGAGGCUCUCAGGGAAGAGGGGCCUCUGACCUUGAGGCAGCCCCUUCUCUGCAAGCAGCUUCCAUCUUGGGCUCACUCCCCUUCCCAUGACGCUCUCCCUCCCUCCCUUCUGCUUACCUGCAGAAUGCUCUGUAGGAAGGAGGUGGCCUGGGCCAGGGCCGCCUCCAGGCUGGCCCGAACCUUCUGCUCAUCAGCCAGUUCCUGCUCUAGCCUCCGCAAGUCCACCUGUCGCUGCUCCAGCUGCAGGCUCAGCUGGUCUCUCUGGCUCCUGGGCCCCAAUGAGUCAACAGCGUUCCCCCUUUCCCAGGACUGGCGCCACCUGGGGCCAGGGGCCCUGCCAUUUCUCUCCAAGCCCACAGGGACCCCCAGCCAGCCCCAAGUCUCAACCCAUCUGGCAGUUUCCUCUAGAGAUGGGAAGUUGCUGGCCCAGGUCGUGAGGUCAGAAAGAGCUGGGCUGGAGCUUGGCCCCAGCCUGCACCCGCCACCUGCCACCCGCCCCUCCUCAGGCUAUACGCACGUCAGUGCCUGAUUGUCCACCUGCAGCUGCACGAUUCUCUGCUCCAACUGGCUCAGCAGGAGGCGCAGCUCCUUGGCCUCCUUGAUGUCCUGCUGCUGCUCCUGGCACUUCUUGGUCAGCAUGAGGAUGACCUGUGGGUGCGGGCAAGUGGCCAUGCCCUCAGCCAGCCCUAUCCCCAGCUCCAGACACAGCCAGGCCUCCCCAGUCCCCCUGUGCAGAGUGGCCAGUGCUGCCGCUGGGUAGAGCCCCGAGCUUUCCAGGGCUGUGCUCUGCUUAUAUAAGUUAUGGGGGCUUUGAGUAAAUAAAAUCUGGACUUAGGUCCACUGCCCUUCAGCCCCCACAGGAGGCCCAGUCCUCUGUCCACUGCCUCCCUCCCUCCUGACUCGACUCCACCCCUGCAGGGCCCCUGGGGCUGCCUCCUGCCUUGCAUGCAAACACCCUGUGCUGAGACCUGCAGGCACACCUUCUGGUAGCCAAUUUUGUGCCUGGCCAUGACCUUCUCUGUGUUCUCCAGCAGCUCCACCUGUUUGCACAGAUAGUCCUGACUUUGCUUGAGCUGCUCAUUCUCCUGCAGCAGCUGCGCGCCUUGCCGGGAGAUCCUGGCGAUCUGUAGAGUAAUGCUGCUGUUCUCUGUGAUGGCCCGUUUGGUUGUCUCCCGCAUCCGGUUUGCAGUCACCUUGUGGAACUCAUUGGCCACAACGUUCACGCGCUGGAUGAUCUCUUUCCUCAGUCUGGCCAGAAAGACAGGAGUGAAAGGGGGGCCAGACUGAGGAAAGAGCAGGCACAAGCCCUGGGCACACCCCUUUCCUUUGUGAAGUUUCCAGAGCACUAGGGGUGUGAAACACCUGCACGCUCUCUCCCUGGGAGGGGUGGAGCUAUGGGCAGGACUUUCCCUGUAGAUCCUCUGGACCUUUGGAACUGGUACCAUUUCAAUGUACUCUCAACUAUUAAAUAAAAAUGAUUUAAUCCCAGUAAGUGGCAAAUGGAAGCCCUGGGAGUCUCCAGUGCCAGCAA